AUGGGAUCGACGCGUUCUACGGGCGCACACUAUUCCUCAGUGCUAGCCCCAUCAGCCCAGGAGAUCAUCAGAUCGCAGCCCCGUCUUCAACCCUCACCGCUACCACUCCAACCCAUUCAGAACUCAUCUUCCUAUCCGCCUUCGGGUCCCCACAGGCCCUCGCCGACAAAAGGAGUCCAUCCCCAGGGCUCGCACUCGCGCCACGGAAAACUCGGUUUCAUUCCCAUAUCUGCUCCUACUCCCCCCAUGUUUACCACCGAUUCCCCAGCCAAGAAAGCGCCGUUCCCCAUCUACUCUACAACCUCUAUGCCACAUUCUGCCCUCUUCACCACAUUCUCCAGCGUCAAUCCUGAAUCAUCAAAAGAAAACCUGUCAGAAGAGCCAUCCAAUGACAGUUUCGCGGACUUCCCAGAGCCGUCGUAUGAAUCUAAACUUCCAAUGAAGCGCACACUCAUGGAGGCUGCGCCUCUCAAGGAGCGAUCCAACAAGAAACACAAGCGUGGCGAAACGCCGGCUGCUUAUCUACCCGAACCCCACGACAUGCCACCAGUCGAGGAUGAUGGCACCAAGCCUCCAUACAGCUAUGCUACCUUGAUUGGAAUGUCAAUUCUGCGCGCCAAUAACCGGCGCCUGACGCUAGCGCAAAUUUAUAAGUGGAUCUCCGAUACCUUCACAUACUACAAGAACAGCGACCCCGGUUGGCAGAAUAGCAUCCGACACAAUCUCAGUCUCAACAAGGCAUUCAUUAAGCAAGAGCGACCCAAGGAUGACCCUGGUAAGGGUAAUUACUGGGCCAUUGAGCCCGGCAUGGAAGCCCAAUUUCUUAAAGACAAACAAGUGCGCCGUGCCACAAUGUCUAGCCUUCCUCUUCCUGCUGCUCCUCAGAGAGAUUCUAUACCUCAGUCGCAAACCGCAAGCACCACAACAUGGAUGGUACCGCCACAGCCCGCUUAUCACGCGCCACAUCAUCACGUGCCUGCACCCAGACCGGCUCCAGAUGACUUGUCUUCAGAUGCAACAUUACCUGCGUCUGACCCUGCUCUUCAGGAUGAUGCAGACGAAGUUGUUCCUGCUCCUCCGGUCCGCGCACCACCUCGUUCCUCCCCUCCGCAGACCAUUCGGUCAUCUCCUCCAAUCGCUCCUCCCCGAUUCGCCCGUCAGGGUACCCCUCCAACCCCCACUCACUCUGGCCCUACCCCCGCGCCUCGCCCGCGCAAGCGCAAGUCAAUCACUAUAAAUGACAGUGGUUAUUUCUCGUCGUUGGAGUCAUCCGCUCUCAGGCCUAACAAGGCUGGGCAUAUCUUGACAUCUGAUUUGGAUAUCGAGCCUCCACGCAUCAAGCGCGGCCGUGCUGAGGAAGAGAUCGCGCGCAUGCGCAGCUCAUCUCACGAUAUCAGCCCUGGUCAACCAGUGGUCCGCAAAAACCCCAACCCCCCGAUCGGUUCUUCGCCUCUUCGCAGUCAGUAUGUGAGCAUGCAGCCGCCUCCAUUGACGCCUAUCAUCAAGUUCAAGAAGCCUGCCAGGCCGCCACCAUCUGUCUCUCCCAAUACCAAUCUGCGAAACCAUCGCCGGAAGAUCCAGCAAAUGGUCAACUCGCCUAUCAAACAUUUGGGCCUUUCUGAAGAUGCCCUUCCUUGGAGCCCGGCUUUCAAUCUUCAGGACGAGACCUAUACUCCUCAUGAUCAUUUCCAUACCUCUUUCGAUGUUUUUGCGGAUCCUGGAUCAGCACAGGUAUCCUAUGGGUCUCCCGAGAAGCGCUCACUCAAACGCCCGCGGAACGACAGUGGUACCACUGUUCUUGGGGACAUCACUUCGGUAAAUAUCAAUACCCGUUUGGGUAUGCCCUCGUUGUCGCGCUCCAAGUCCGCGAUUUUCCCCGAGUCGCCAUCUAAGCUUCCAGACCCGAGCCGCUUUGGAGACGCUGGCCAGGAAGAUUUCUUCUCAUUCCAUCUCUUUGAUGAGAGCAAUGACAGCCCCGGUGAAGUCGAUGGUGUUGAUCUCUUGCAGGGCUUCCAAAAGAUUGGAGGCGUGAGCAAGGACGACACUCUGAAGCCCAGGGCGCUUCAUCGACCACAAUUGGGUCACCGCCCCAAUACGACUUUGUUUUAA